AGAACACACCUCAUCUUCCUUCAUGCGGCGAGCUGAGAAGUGAGGAUCAAGCUGCCAGUCAUUGUUAGCAGAGAACAUUUCCAAUAUAGUUGUUGAUUAACCAAUAGAGCAGAGUGUAAAAAUGGGAGCUGUGCGUGUUAUCAACGACGACAAUCAUUUCCUUGGGGAAAUGAGUCGCGCGGGGACGAAAUUAGUCGUCGUCGACUUCACCGCGACCUGGUGUGGCCCAUGCCAGAGAAUAGCACCGAUCUUUGAGCAGCUCUCAACAAAGUAUCCAAACGCUAUAUUCCUAAAAGUUGACGUGGACAAGUGUGCUGAAACUGCUGCUGGUCAGGGAGUCAGUGCCAUGCCAACUUUCAUCUUUUACCGUAAUCGCACCAAACUGGGCUCAUGCCAAGGGGCAGAUCCAACAGGCUUGGAGACCAAGAUUCAGCAGUAUUAUGGAUCAGGAGAUGCAGAAGAAACAGAGGGGCCAAUUGCUGGACAUAUGGAUCUGAGCACAUUCAUUAUGAAGGGGCAGUGCGAAUGCCUGAAUGAAUCCGAUGAGCAUCCGUUUUUGCAAUGCUUAUCUUCAGAAGGUGGUUACCUGGAAAGUGACUGUGAUGAACAAUUGAUAAUAUCAAUUACUUUCACACAAGCUGUCAAGGUCCAUUCUCUAAAAAUUAAGGCACCUGUAGGCCAAGGGCCUAAGAACUUGAAACUUUUCAUAAACCAGCCGAGAACCGUUGACUUUGAUAUGGCAGACUCUUAUACCAGUGUACAAGAUGUUUCGUUGAAGGCAUCGGACCUCGAGGAAGGAAAUCCAGUACCUCUACGCUAUGUCAAGUUCCAAAAUGUACAAAAUCUUCAAAUCUUCGUCAAAGACAAUCAGGGUGGCAGCGAAACAACGCGAAUUGAUCAUCUGGUGAUCAUUGGUUCGCCAAUCUCAACGACCAACAUGGGCGAAUUCAAAAGAGUUGCUGGUAAAAAAGGGGAAAGUCACUAAUGUAUAAUUCCUGGUUAUUUAUAGACCAAAACUGAACCACGCGAUGUCUUCUGGUAAUCAUAAUCAACAAAUAGAUGAUCAAGAAUCAAUUCAUGCAAAACUUGGUGAUUCGAGAAUUGCCUACUGAUAUGACAUUGCACCUUGUUACAAAGUCUAUUCAAAUAUAUUAACCAGCAUACUUAAUGAUGAUAUUUUACUACCGAAAAAACUUUUUUUUUUAUUAAAUGGAUAUAAAUCCAUAUUUAAAACAAUCUUUAUAGGUCCAAGUUGUAAAAAUUGAGAGGCAAUUAACCAUUGUACUAGUGUGAUAAAUCUUUAACAUUGUUGGUUCUUGCUCUGUGUACAGCUACAUGAGUAAUUUUCAUGUGUUUUUCUUUAUACUUUGCAAAAUGGGAAUGCAUUUGUUUGUACAAAAACAAGGGUGAAUAAAUUUUGAAUACUUGGGUGAACUACAAGAAAAAAUAUCCGUAUAUAUAACGACCACUGCCUCCAGACAUGAUUGAAGUCCCAAAAUUAUUGAGCUUUUGCUUCAUUGGCUGAUGAUUAAAACUGAUUUAUCAUGAUGUAGUGUAGUGGUGAUUUGAACUUUUCUUUUGCUGAAGCCGAACUGCUUCGCCACUGGACAUUUUGCACAGUCACUGAUUACCGAUAACUAUGAAACUGCAGUAUUCAUAAUGCGUUUGUGAAAGAAAAUUUGAUUACAACCACUACAUAGUUUAUUUGUACAAAGGCUGAUGAAAUCAAAUAAAUUACAAACCUCUCAUAUA